AGCGCCGACGGGGCGCCGCUAUCUUCUCUGGACUUAGAACAGAAGUGUCCCCAAUUGGGCGUAUCCCCGGGCGGCGAUAUGGAAUAAGUCGCAUAUAUAAGUAGGGGUGACUGUUACCUCGCUUGGCAAUCAUCCCCCUCACUUCAGCUCCCCUUCACCACCAUGGCUCCUGUCACAGAAGGAUUCAUUCCGUUCAGCUACCAGGGCGAGACGUAUCAGACUUACUACAAGGUCUUCGGCGAUCUCGCGAAUCGCAGUAACCCUCCCCUCAUCGUCUUGCACGGCGGUCCGGGGCUCUCCCAUGACUACCUAUUGCCUCUCUCCGACCUUGCCGAGACGGGCAUCCCCGUCAUCCUCUACGACCAAGUCGGCAAUGCGCGUUCCACUCACUUGCCCACCAAACCCCGCGAGUUCUGGACCAUCGACCUCUUCAUCGAUGAGCUCGAGAACGUCCUGAACUUCUUCAACGUACACGACGCCUUCCAUCUCCUGGGGCAUUCGUGGGGUGGAAUCGUGGCGGCGGAGUUCGAGGUCCGCAGACAACCUGCCGGGUUGAAGAGACUCGUCCUCACGAACUCGCUUGCCUCAGCGAGCUUGUGGGGCCAGUCGAACGUGAUGCUCGUCCAGACAUUCCCCAAAGAAGUACAGGAGGGACUCUUGGGAGGCAUGAAGGACCUCAAGGCGUACCAGUCCGCGCUGAAGGAGUUCCACGCACACUACGGAUGCACGGUCAAACCUUUCCCUGCGGAGAUGGAGUACUCUCUGAAUCGGGUCUUCGGGGAUGAUGGUGACCCUACGGUCGCAAGUGCUGGGAUCUUGGACGACUGGACGAUCAUCGAACGUCUGCACCUUGUACGGGUACCCACGUUCGUUAUCAACGGACGAAAGGAUAUUGCGCAGGACUUUGUCGUAGCACCGUUCUUCCACCGAAUCCCUCAGGUGAAAUGGGUCACGUUCGAGCAGUCAAGCCAUACACCGUUUUGGGAGGAACGCGAGCACUACAACAAGGUUGUCGGGGAGUUCUUGAAGUCGGAAAUGUGAUCAAUUGCAUGCAGUAGUUGGAAAGGGCACAGUUAUUUAUACACCCGUAUUUAAUCCUGUUCGAACAAUGUAUUGACGGAAUUUCGCGAUGCUCUUC